AUGAUUUGUUCUGCCUGUAACAAUGCUAUUGAAGGCGAGGAAGAUUAUCUCAGUUGUACGCGCUGUGACAAAUUGUACCACCUGAUAUGCACAGGUCUGCAAGCUCCUAAGAAUGUCACCAAUAUUUGGGUCUGCCCAGAGUGUCAAUGUGCCAAUAAAAGAGGUGGUGAUAAUAGUUUCACCCCAGUGGGCCCUUCACAAGAUCCAAAUGUAACUCUUAGGAGAAAAGCAAUGACUAAUAGUCCACUAUUUGAGUAUAACGAGCGUAGCGACCUCAUCUGCGAAAUGAACGCUCUGCGCUCAGAAAUGUCUGGUCUUAAAGAAUUGCUUACCAAAGCGCUUUCAUUAGUGAGUAGUCAUGAGGAUAAGCUUCAGAAAUAUGCUCUUCAAGUUGAGCAGCUCAAUAAGAGGCUUGAAAAAUAUGAAAAUAGUAGUUUGAAUAAUAAAUAUGUCACACAAACACAACCCAAGACUUCGAUUGCAACUACGGCUGUUGGCACCAAUAUCGGAAAACGUAAUGAAAAAGUCACUAAAAUGGAUAUUGCUCAAAUUACAUCACCAAACCUCAUCACUAAUUUUGAACCUAGUCCUAUGGACUUAGCUGGCACCCAAAAGACCGCCAAGGGCAGUGAGUCCACACCAACAGCGGUACAAAAUAACGAUGAUAAUACUGAGACCGAAUGGAAGCUAGUGAAGAGGCGUAAUCCUCGGAGGCCUACGCCAUUACAUGGAUCAGCCGACCCGGCUGUUAUUAAUUUGAAGGCCGUGGAAACUCGUAAAUUCCUCCAUUUGUGGAACAUGGCAUCCGGAAUUGAAGAUGUUCGCCAGUAUGUCAAUCAGCUAUGUCCCACUGGAACCAACACGGUGGAAGAGCUUACACCACGAGGCGACUAUAAGUCAUACAAAGUUGGCAUUGCUGCUGAGUAUUGGGAUACAUGUUACUGUAAUGAUGUUUGGCCCAUGAAUGCUAAGAUCAAACCGUGGGUGCACCUCAGGAGACCGACUCGCACAAUAAGAACCGGCGGUGGUGUGUCGGGUGCAUCAAAUGUGUCGCAACAGCAGUCCUUUCGUGGAACCAUUAGCUCACAAUCGUAA